AUGAAGAUGGAAGCCACUCAGGAUUAUCAGAUCCAGAGUGCCCUGGAAGAUGACUUUCAAGUUUUGAAGCAUCUGGGCCAAGGAACUUAUGGUGAAGUUGUGAUGGCUCGUGAGAGAGGAACAGGUAAAACUGUUGCCCUAAAGCUAGUCAGGAAGAACCGAUCCACACAGACGGCUUUCUUCCAUGAGCUCUGCGUUUCCAUCUACCUCUCCAGCUUCGAAGGCAUCAUCUCUACUCAUCCCAUCUUCUUUAAUUCUGCAGACCACUACGUUUUGAUCCAGGAGCUGGCGCCUGCCGGUUCCCUCCAUUCCCUCAUCAAGCGUGGUGUUGGAAUUCCAGAAACAAUGGUGAAACGUUGUGCAGUGCAGCUGACCAGGGCUCUGGAAUACAUGCACAGUAAAGCACUGGUGCACAGGGACCUGAAACCGGAUAAUGUGUUACUAAUGGACAAAGAAUGCCACCACAUUAAGCUGAGUGACUUUGGAUUAACUCAACUUGCAGGUACCCUUGUUCCAUUCAUGUCGCCCAUCAUACCCUACAUGUCACCAGAACUCUGUGACUUGAAACAAGGAGAAUUCCUACUCUUGGAUGCUAGUGUUGAUAUCUGGGCCUUUGGUGUGCUGCUCUUCGUCGCAUUCACUGGAAACUAUCCAUGGAAAAGGGCUGUGGCUGAAGAUCCACUAUUCCAGGAGUUCAUCUCCUGGCAAAGCGCUGUACAGCACAUUCCACCUCCAACAUGCUGGCAGAAAUUCAGUAGGAAGGCUCAGGACUUGUUCCAUGUCUUGCUCUCCAAAGAUAUUACCAACAGGAACCUAGUUGGUAUCAUCCUGAAUCAAUUCCACUUUCAAUGGGCAGUCGAGGAAAUUCCACAGGAAACCAGAGAGGUUGUUGUUGAAGAAGGAAAUAUUGAAAUUAUAGAAUAUGAGGGCCACAUAAUUGUAAUAGAGGCACCAGAUGAGUAUAUUAUUGUGGAAAACCUCAGUGAGGUGGACUAUAUUAUUGUGAACUAUACCUCAGAAGACUCGCUUUCUAAUUCCAGCACCUCAACAUUUAUGCUCUGGACAGACAACAGCAGCCUUGACCUGGGCUCUGAGGUACAGAUUGUUUGA